GUAAAAGCAGCGCUGUAAAAUCUACCGCCCGCCCGUGUAAGUCCUCAAUACUUCAAUCCAGAUAUUACAACGAGCCAUAAAUAAAGGGACGGAGACAUGCCCAAUCAGUAUAUCCCGCCGCCAGACGAAGCGUACCCGGGUCUCCGCGCCCUCGGGGAUGCCUACCUCGCGUCGCAGUCUGCGCGUGAAGGCAUCUUUGGCCGAUUAGAGUAUCAUCCUCAGCAACAGCAGCAGCAGCAGGCCCGACAGCAGCGUGGAAACCCGAGAAUCACGCCGGUGCCGGUGCCGGUCCCGAUUCCAGUGCAGAGUCAUCAGCAGCAGUUUGCUGAGCGGGCGGCGGCGCUAGAGCAGCAGCAGCGGCACUUUGCGGGACAGCAGGAUGAGGCGAGACCGUUUGAUGGGACUGCGGCGACGGGCCAGUUUGGGAUAUUGGCGCCGGAUGAUGGUAUGGAUGCGAGUGGAAGUGCUGGCGCAGGGCCGAUUGUGCAGACGGGUGGGAAGUUGCCAGUGCGGAUGGUGGUUGCACCGCCGGAUUUGCAGGCGUGGCGGGAGAAGUUGUUUCAUGUGGAUGAUGUGAUUGUUCUGACGCAGGAAGAAUUCGAGACAUACUUUCCACACGUAGACAAUGUCUACUCUCACCGCUCCACGCAAAAGUACAAACGCAAGCCCUUCAUCUCGCACUACUGGGACUGCCGCAUGAAAGGCCGCCCGCCAGGCACCCCCAAGACCGACGACCCGUCCAAGAAGCGCCGCCGUCGUAGCGCGCGAGAGCGUGACCUGUGCGACGUCAAGAUUAAGAUUACCGAGUACUUCCCGGGCUCUGAGGCGUACUACCAGGCGGAGAAUGGCGGCGCUAGCAGCGUACCGCUUGAGGGCCAGAAGUUCUGGACGAUUCAGCGCGUCAAUGGCAACGGCGGGAAUGGCAAGGGCGACGGCGUGGCCGGGCCGCAUAAGCAUACGCUAGAGAGAAGCGAUGAGAUUAAGAAGAAUAGUGUGCAGCGGUGGAUGGCCGCGCAGGAUAGAGAGGUGAAGGGUGCUGGGGGGCGGAGGGCGAGUGGUGCGGCGUUGGCGACGAUAAAGAGGCAUGCUAAAGACGCGGAUAUCAAGUUUCACGCCGCAUGUUACUGCCCCUUUUCGCAGCGUGUUUGGAUUGCGCUGCAGGCCAAGGGCCUUGCGUAUCAGUAUGUCGAGACGGAUCCGCUGCGCCAAAAGGCCGGUGUACUCAAGGGCAAUCCGCGCGGCAAAGUGCCCUCGGUGAAACAGGGCGACUGGACGUGUGCGGAGAGCUGGGUGAUUCUCGAAUACUUGGACGAGCUGGAUCCGAGGGUGCCGUUGCUGCCUGCUGAUGCAAAGAUGACGGCUACAUGCCGGCUGUGGAUUGAUCAUGUAUGUGACGCGAACGAGAAGUCUCUUGUUGGAGAUGUUAUCUUGAUUGCCACACUGACUAAUGAGUUGUAGAUUAACACGCAAAUCGUGCCGGCAUUCUAUGCGCUUCUUGCGAAUCAGGACGGCGCGCAGCAUGCUCGACUGGUGGAUAAUCUGCAGAAUGCCAUUGGCGCUAUUGUGCUGGUUGCCCACGAUCAGGGACCGUUCUUCUUGGGCGCGCAAAUGUCGCUGGUGGAUAUUCACAUUGCGCCAUUUGCUCAGCGCCUGCGGACUGUACUACACCCCAAAAAGGGAUACCCAAUGGUUGAUGGCGUCACAAGUGCUGGACCUCUCGCUAGUAGUCGGGUAGGAGAGCGCUGGGCCCGGUGGGUGGCAGCGAUGGAGGCAAGUGAGGCCGUCAGGGCGACGACGAGUGGCGAUGAGGUGUAUGCAGAGACGGCGAGCCUGCUGUUGAAGACGCCAGUGGCCUAACUUGACUCUUUGUAUGGGCUUUAGCUUCCGAUGCUAUAAGCUGACUGAAUUUGUUUCAAGACUUGUCUAUACAGGCGACCAUUUUAUAUGUUCAUGUUCUGCAGCAUGGGCUGCUGCUCCUGUGUAACUAAAUCAGCCUGACUGACUGCAACUAUGGGGUAUAUACUCUCCAUCUACACGGUCUAUAUUCUACUUGUUCCGUUCCACCCAGUUUUGUGACUGCAGCUGGCGCUCAGAGCACUGCCAGACUGGCCACCACACCCAGCGCUACAAGCACAGAUUUCACAGAACCCUUCGCAGCUGCAGACUUGGCCUGUGUCGAACUGGCCGGUGGUGUUUGCGACGUUGUCUGCACUACGCUCGCAUCGCCAGUCGACUUUGGGGCCGACGUAGACGUCGCACUUGACUCAGAAUAUCCAGGCGCAAGCUUCUCCAAGCCCGCCGUAAUAUACAUGGGCACCACGUAAUCGGAAAACGCAUUAUACCUGGGAUCGAUCUCAUCCUUAUCGGGAAUCGGCAUGGGGAAUGUACCGCUAACAUACGGUGCUUCGCCGUGCACAAAGAAUUCGCAGUCCGCAGCCGUGGUGCCGUGCAGCUUGCAGUCAAAGCCGCGAGUUCUAAGCUGGUCAGUGGACAUUGCAUCAAGCCAUAAGAAACGAUAACGGGAGCCGACGUACACGUAGGUAUCCAUGGCUGUGGCAACCAUGGUGGAUGGCCCGACGGUCAGGACGUGCAUGCUGGUGUUGUAGACAGCGCACAUACCGUUCCCACCUCCGCAUUCAAUGGCAUAUUCGGUAGCUGUGGGAUUGGCCCGAAUAACUGAGGCAAAGAACGGCCUGUCGUAGUUGAGAUCAGCGCAGAAGACAGAGGUUCUGCUAAAGCCGGAGGGAGUUGGCAGCGGCGGCAGCGUCGGCAGCCCCGUAUGGGUGCCAGGCCCGGGUGUAUCUUCGAAGCCGGUGUGCAUGGUGAGUACGUGGUACAGUUGCAGUGACUGUCCUUGAGUGCUCAAAGGUUGUGUGGGAAAGACAAAAAGGUAGGAUUCGCCUCUUGGACGCGACUGUAAGGCUGGGAAAUUAACAAUACAGAGUUUGUAAGGG